AUGAAAUCAGUAAUUCCUCUGCUAUGCAUUGCUCUUGGUGUCCAAGUCAAAUGCGAAGUAUUUGAUUAUGUGAUCGCUGGCGCUGGCACCUGCGGACUCGUGCUGGCAAAUCGAUUAUCCGAAGAUCCGAGUGUUAAAGUCGCGGUUAUCGAGCCAGGCGACGAUGUUCGCGACAACCCUAAUGUCACGGAUGUUGGCGGGUUUCUUCGUGCCUUCGGUACAGAGAUCGAUUGGCAGUACACCACGACGCCACAGCCGGGAGCCGGUAAUAGGUCUAUCCCUUUCCACGCCGGUAAGGCCAUUGGUGGAACUAGCACAAUAAAUGGUAUGACGUAUAUCCGAGGCAACAAGGCCGAGUUUGACAUAUGGGAAUCUCUUGGGAACGACGGCUGGAACUGGGAUACGUUAUAUCCUUACUUCAAGCAGGUUGAACAAUUCUCCCCUCCCACGGCGGCUCAACAGGUUGCUGGCGCUAGUUUCAAUGCAGAAUAUCACGGUAGGGAUGGAGCAGUAAAAACGGGGUUCCCGUUCAGACUUCUUAACGGGUCUUUCUAUGAACUGGCGCGGCAGGCUUGGGAAAAUCUGGGAUAUCCUCUAAAUACAGAUGUUAACAGCGGUGAAACACGUGGGUUUGAUGUCUGGCCACAGACGCUAGAUAGGGAUGCGAAUGUUCGGGAAGACGCUGCCCGAGCGUUCUACUAUCCUAUUGAACAAAGAAUUAAUCUCAAGAUAAUCAAGGGGACGGUCACGAAGUUAACUUGGGCCAAUUCAUCAUCAGACGGCGACGUCCUUACAACUGAUGGUGUUGAAUACAUAAGCCCCACCGGUCAAGCAAUCGCCAUUGGCGUAAGGAAAGAAGUCUUGCUAUCCGCUGGGUCUCUAAGGAGCCCUCUGAUCCUUGAGCGCUCAGGUGUGGGAAAUCCGAGUAUCCACAAGAGCCAUGGCAUAGAAACACGAAUCGACCUCCCCGGAGUGGGUGAGCAUUUACAGGACCAGCCGAACGUGGUCCUCGAAUAUAGUUCGAAUGUCAAUUUAACAGGAACUGCGCCAUAUGCGACUUUUGCCACAGCGGAAGACAUAUUUCGCGAACGGACUUCCGCAGUAAAAGAGGCGACGCAUGCCAAAUUAUCUGAAUGGGCCCAGAAAGUCUCAGACGCCAACAAUGGAGCCAUAGGUGCCCAUCGGAUAGAAAAGAUAUUCCGCAUCCAGCACGGUCUAAUUUUCAAGGAAAAUGUUACGAUUGCUGAAACCCUCACAUCGGCUUCCGGGGAUAUACUUCUUUCGGCAUUUUGGCCUACACUGCCUUUCUCUCGGGGCAGUGUCCAUCUCAAAUCAGUCGAGGACAACGACCCCGCGAUUGACCCGGAGUACUUCUUGAUCGAUUUCGAUUUUGCUAUCCAGACCGAGCUCGGCCGGCUAUCGCAAGAUGUCUGGUAUACGGACCCGAUCAGGGAUGUUGUAGUUGGCUACUUAGUUCCCGGAGACGACGUCCUGCCCCGCAAUGCUACCGAUGCCCAGUGGGCAACUUUCAUCGCAAGCACUGUGUCACCCAACCAUCAUCCUAUCGGGUCGGCCUCGAUGAUGUCUCGGGAGCUCGGGGGAGUCGUCGACCCCGAAUUCAAAGUAUACGGGACGUCUAACGUCCGAGUUAUCGAUGCGUCUGUAUUACCAAUGCAGAUUAGCGGCCAUCUGACCGCUACACUUUACGCUAUAUCUGAAAGGGCAGCCGAGUUUAUCAAAAACUCAUAG